CUCCUCCUUCCAAGCAUGACGCGCCUUCCUUCUUCUUCUCCUCUCAAAAACUUGCAUCAUCCCUCCUCUCAUCUACCCUUCCUCGUCAGCCCCAUUUUUCUCCAACUCUUGUACUUCAUAAUCGUCUCUCUCUUUGGUUUCCUUGCUCUCAAGUUCUCAAAGCCCACGAUCCCUGUUCCCCCCAGCGACUUUGAUCUCUUCUUCACCUCCGUUUCGGCAUCAACUGUCUCCAGCAUGAGCGUGGUUGAAAUGGAGGCUUUCUCCAAUUCCCAGCUCAUUCUCAUAACCUUCCUCAUGUUACUUGGCGGUGAGGUUUUCACCUCCAUGCUCGCCCUUCUAUUUUCUUCCUCCAAUGUCUUUCGGAAACACAGCCUUAAAGACACCCUAAACCCUCUUCCACUCAAACACAACCCUCCAAUUCCAAGUACCCAUCAAAUCGAGAUCGGUUUAGUUUCUGUGCACAAACAGAAUGAGAUGUUUGCUGUAGAUAGCGGCGAUACAAAUGUGGCUCAAAAUGAUGGCAUGGGCAGACUGAGGCAAAACUCCGUUAAGUUUCUUGGGCUUGUGGUCUUGGGUUACCUUACGGUACUUCACUUGCUUGGUUCCGGUUUGGUCUGGUCCUACAUGAGCAUCGUCCCAAGUGCACGACAGGUACUGAGAAACAAAAGGAUCAACAUGCGCACAUUUUCUGUCUUCACCGUGGUUUCCACUUUUGCCAGUUGUGGAUUUGUGCCCAUAAACGAAAACAUGUUCGUGUUCAAGCAGAACCCCGGUCUGCUGUUACUUCUUUUGCCAUAUGUUUUUCUCGGGAGCACCCUCUACCCUCCAUUCUUGAGGCUUGUGAUGUGGGUUCUGGAGAGGGUUACCAAAAGAGAAGAGUUCUCUUAUAUUCAGAAGAAUUAUGAGGAGAUGGGCUAUGAUCACAUGCUCUCUGGUGUUCAUUGCUUGUGCCUUGUAGCUACUGUUUUGGGGUUGAAUCUGACACAGUUGGUUCUGUUCUGCUGCAUGGAGUGGAGGUCGGAGAACAUGGAGGGUCAAAACAGCUAUCAGAAAUUAAUUUCAUCGCUGUUCCAAAUUUCGAAUGCCAGACAUGCCGGUGAAUCUGUUUUCGAUCUUUCUACUCUCUCUUCCGCCACUCUGGUGCUCUUCGUUGUCAUGAUGUACCUGCCACCAUACACGACAUUUUUGCCCAUAAGGGAACCCGAAAAUGACAGGAAACAGAAAAUAAGCCUAAAGGAGUGUCUCGUGUCCUCUCAACUAUCUUACUUGGUUAUGUUUAUUAUACUGAUUUGCAUCACGGAGAGAAGAAGCUUGAGAGAAGAUCCCCUCAACUUUAAUGUGUUCAACAUCACCCUUGAAGUAAUCAGCGCAUAUGGAAACGUGGGGUUCUCAAUGGGAUAUAGCUGCCAAAGGCAAUUGAUUGCAGAUGGGAAGUGCAGAGAAAAGUGGGUUGGGUUUGCUGGAAGAUGGAGUAACAAAGGAAAGUUGAUCCUGAUAGUCGUCAUGAUCUUCGGAAGGGUCAAGAAAUUCAACAUAAAUGGUGGCAAAGCAUGGCUUCUCUCCUAGUUACUGAGACACGUACAAUUGAGAGAGACGAUCCCAAGCUUUGCCACCUCUCAUAUUGCAAGUGUACGUACUAGUCUACUUGAUACAUUGUACCCAUAAAACACCCUCAUCCAUGCGGAGCACUGCUUAUUUAUGUGACUGUCGUACAUAUAGCAAACGGCAAUGUAUCACCUCUAAGGAUCUGUUCGGUCAGACGGGAAGGGAGGAGAGGGGAGUGGAGGGGAGGGAAGGAAUUUUGAUGAAGGG